AGCACGUGUUUUGCAAGUGGUUUUUUUUUCUACCCAGUAAGACUUGUGAUCUUUUGAGUCCUGUUUUUUUCUUGUUGAGAUAGUGUGGCUGUAAAGCAAAAUGGUUGCAGGCAUGCUUAUGCCCCUGCGGGAUCUGAGGGCAAUCUAUGAAGUUCUCUUUCGAGAUGGUGUCAUGGUGGCCAAAAAGGACAAAAGACCUCAGACCAAGCAUCCUGAGGUACAAGGAGUGUGUAACCUACAAGUCAUCCGUGCAAUGGGAUCACUUAAGUCCAGAGGCUUUGUGAAGGAAACAUUUGCCUGGAGACAUUUCUACUGGUACCUUACCAAUGAAGGUAUUGUUUACCUGCGUGACUACCUCCGCCUGCCCCUUGAGAUUGUUCCAGCUUCCUUACAGAGGUUUAAGAAACCAGCCACCACUCUAGCCACGGCUCGACGAGCUGUAAUGGUCCAAUCUGUUGAAGGUCCUACAUCUUACGUGCCCAAACCAGGGCGUGGGGGUGAAGCGGAAAGCCAAGAAGCAGUGGCAGAGCGUCAAAGCUACCGCCAUCGGAUGAUGGGUCCUAGAGAAAAAGAAAGCUAUUCUAACAGGACCCCCAGAUUCAGGGGCCGUCCACUCUCUGCAGAACCUGUUGGGUCAACAGAAAUGGGCUACCAGUCUCAAUCAUUGUUUACAAAGGGGAGCAGCUUUCGAGGUGAAUCAGUGUCAAUGGACCACUCAUAUCAGGAGCCUGAUGUGAGCAAUGAAAAGGCAACAUCUCAGGAGAUAGAAGUUCAAAAGGAGACACAAUUAAGUGUGUCUUCUACUUUAAAAACUCAUUUGAUAAAUGAUGUGUCAAAGCCGUCUCUAAAAACAGGAUCCUCCAAAAAAGCCCCAGUGCUUACCAUAGCCCCUGUUGUUGAGAAAAGAGAUGCUACGUAUCAAGGAAUCAAACGUGAACCUUCUCGUCGUACUGCAAGCACAGACAAGAGAAACAUUGAAGUUGCAGAGGCUUGUAACACACUUAUCAGCACGUCAUCUAGCUCAGCAUCUCCUGAAACAGAGAUUUCUGACCAAGGAACUAGCAAUCUCAUUACAGAAACUGUCACAGCCACUCAUGCCAUAAACAAACCCACCAAGAAUAAUGUCAAGGAAAAGAUGAAGGUGAACAUUAAUGGGGAACUUGCCACAACUGAAAUGCCAGCUGAUAAAGUAAAGAAUAAAAUACCUAAAGCAGCUUCUCAGGAAAUAUCUAAACUUCUGACCAACACUGAUAGUUCUGUUAUGAAACCUGACAUGAAAGAUGCAGUGGGAGAACAGGUUAAAGGAGUCAUGACAAAAAAGGAAUCAGUUAAACAUACUGGUUUGAAGAGUCAAGUUGAAUCUACACAUAAAAUCAGUAAAAAAAUGGCUAAAAUAACAUCAAAAGAAUCCAUCAUUCAGGAGACAACCAAAUCUCAACCAGUGAUGUCUGCAAAAACUGAAGAAAUCCCUCCAAUUAAGGAAACUCAGAACGUCAUUUUCUCAGUUACCCCAGCGACUCACGCAGCAAUUGAGAAAAAGGAAGAAAUGCGCAAGAAUCCACCACAGGAGUCCCCACUAAUUGAAGUUGGUACAACCACUGUUUCAACAAUGAUGGUUGCUACUGAAAAGGCAAAGUCAUACAAAGCUGAGCCAAAGCAGAAGAAAACUGAUGUGAAUAAAAGUCAUGGUGUCAAGAAAGAUGACACAUUACCUGAACAGGCUCUUAAAACUCCAUCACCUGUCUCUAUGUCGGUGGAAAAGGACACUUCUCCUGAGCUUAGUCAAACCUCUGUGCCCACUGAACUAGAUAUUGAAAACAAACAAGUGGUUGAGGGAAGCUCAAAAUCCAAGCGAAAGAAAAAGAAAUCUCAGGCAGAGAAAGUCAAGAGGAGUGAGGGGAAACCUGAGACACAAAAAGAAGAUGAAAAUAUAAAGGAAAAGGCCCAAGACCAUGGCCAUACUCUUGAAACAAGCACAAUGCCUGAGGGACCAUCUUCUGCACAAACAAAUAUGACUGACAAAAAAUUAAAUCAUGAUUGGGAACAAGUAAUUGAUGUCUCAAAACAAAUGGCAAUGACAGCAGUGAGGAAAACGUCUAGAAAAACAAAAGUUAUUUCUGAAGAGUCACCUUCGCCAUUUGACCAGAAUGCUGCAGUGCCCCCAGUGCCUCAUCCAGUAGUUGCACAAAUUAAAUCUAUUGUAUCUCACAAGGACUCAGUGAAAUGUGAAAAAAUGACAUCUGCUAAAUUGGAAACAGUGACAAAACCAGUACAAGAUCUUGACCAUUCUGACAAAAAACAAUCACAACUUUUGAAAACCGGUCAAGGUAAAGACCAGUCUGAGACUGCAGUGUCUUCGACCAUAAACAUGAACCUGGAAGAAGAAGCAGAGCUAUCCACUGAAAUGACACUUUUGCCUGGAGUCACAGUUUUUGUGACCUCUGACCUGAAAAAACAAAGUGUUUCUCCAAAAACGACUCCUGAAAAAAUGUGCACUGAGGAAACUCGACAGGCAGCAGAUGUGCUCUCUCGGGCCCCAGCAGACAAAGGGGAGGUGGAGCCAGUACAGAUCUCUGCUAAAAAAAUCAAGCAGGAGGUUUCGAAAGCAAAAACAUCCUCCACUCUUAGGGAAGCACCCAAAGCCAGAGAAUUCGAGUCAGCAGAGCGAGUGGUAACAGCAGAGGCAGCUGUAGCUCAGACACAGGCCAACCCCCUUGUCAAGCUAGAGGAGCCUCCCAUAGUUGCACAACAUUCAGCCACUCCGGCAGUAGAGCGCGGCAUAGCAAAUAAGCUCUCUGUGUCUAAACCCUUAAAGCAAGAGGCAGAGAAGAAGAGGGACUUGGAGGAGGACACACCCUCUGCCACUGCAACACUUGCAAGUGCUAAGCUUCACCUGGAGGACUCCUCUUUUUCUGCAAGCCCAGAAACAGACGAAGGCAACAUGAAGAGGAAAAUUGUAGUGGUUGAAGAGAUAGUUGAAGUGAAGCAGCUUGUUAGUCCUCAGGCAACUGGGGAGCAAACAAGUCCACAACCUGUGCAGCCUGAGGUAGAAGAAGAGGAGGAGUUGGACUUGGAUGUUUUGGAAGAGAUUGCCAUAGAGAGGGCACUUCUAUCAGGGGCGCCGGGUGUCAGGGUGCAUGGAGCCUCACCCGAGGCAGACUGGGACCACUCACUGGAGGAGCCAGAGGAGAAGACAUGGCCUAACUUCAUUGAAGAUGAACGGGAUCGCGUACAGAAAAAGACCUUCACAAAAUGGGUGAAUAAGCAUUUGAUCAAGGCCCAGCGUCAUGUCUCAGAUCUGUAUGAGGACCUGCGAGAUGGACAUAACCUGAUCUCAUUGCUGGAGGUCCUCUCUGGAGAAACACUGCCCAGAGAGAAAGGCCGUAUGAGAUUCCACAAACUGCAGAAUGUACAAAUAGCACUGGACUUCCUCAAACACCGGCAGGUCAAGCUUGUUAAUAUCAGAAACGAUGACAUUGCAGACGGGAACCCCAAGCUGACACUUGGGUUAAUAUGGACUAUCAUCCUACACUUCCAGGUCUCCUCCACUAUCUCAGAUAUUCAGGUCAAUGGCCAGUCUGAAGAUAUGACCGCCAAAGAGAAGCUCCUGCUCUGGUCUCAGAGGAUGACUGAUGGCUACCAAGGCCUCCGAUGUGAUAACUUCAGUACUAGCUGGAGGGAUGGGAAACUCUUCAACGCUGUCAUACACAAACACUAUCCCAGGCUCAUUGACAUGGGCAAAGUGUAUCACCAGACCAACCUGCAAAACCUAGAACAGGCCUUCACUGUGGCUGAGAAAGACCUGGGUGUGACACGUCUCCUGGACCCUGAAGAUGUUGAUGUUCCACACCCUGAUGAGAAAUCCAUCAUCACGUAUGUGUCUUCUUUGUAUGAUGUGAUGCCUCGGGCUGCUGCACAUGAGAGCAUGAGAGCUAAUGAGUUAGAGCUGCGCUGGCGGGAGUACUACGAGCUCGUAACUCUUCUGCUCCAGUGGAUCCGCCACCAUGUCAUGGUCUUUGAGGAGAGAAGGUUCCCAGCUAGUUAUGAGGAGAUAGAGCUACUUUGGCGCCAGUUCAUGAAGUUCAAGGAAACAGAACUGCCACCUAAAGAAUCUGAUAAGAACCGCUCCAAACACAUCUACCAAAGUUUCGAGAGUGCAGUGCAUGCUGGACAGGUGAAGGUCCCUCCUGGCUACCAUCCUAUUGAUGUGGAGAAAGAAUGGGGUCGACUCCAUGUGUCCAUUUUGGAGAGAGAACGACUGCUGAGGACAGAGUUUGAGAGACUUGAGAGGAUUCAGAGGAUUUUAAGCAAAAUCCAGAUGGAGUCAGGAAGAUAUGAUGAGCACCUAAUCCACCUUGAGACCUUGCUCCAGACGGACAUCCGCCUACUUAAUGCAGGGAAACCCGCUCAGCACACAGCAGAAAUAGAGCGGGAGCUGGACAGGGCCGACAACGUUGUCCGUCUGCUCUUCAAUGAUGUACAGACACUCAAGGAUGGGCGCCACCCUCAGGCUGAACAAAUGUACCGCAGGGUCUACAGCCUCCAUGAGCGCCUGGUAAACGUGCGCAGUGAUUACAACCUUCGCCUGAAGUCUUCUCAGAUUUCUUUGACUCAAAUGUCCCAAAAGACGACCAUGAAGGUUCGGCCCGAGUUGGAUGACGUGACCUUGCGCUAUGCCCAAGAUCUUCUUGCCUGGGUGGAGGAGAAUCAACGGCGUAUUGACGGAGCUGAGUGGGGAUCUGAUCUGCCUUCUGUGGAGUCACAAUUGGGCAGCCACAGAGGUCUGCACCAGACAGUGGAAGACUUCCGAUCAAAGAUUGAACGUGCAAAGGCUGAUGAGAACCAGCUGUCCCCUGCCAGCAAAGGGACAUACAGAGAGUACCUGGGUAAACUGGACCUUCAGUAUGGCAAACUGCUGAACUCCUCAAAGUCACGCUUACGGAACUUGGAUUCACUACAUGCAUUUGUGAGUGCAGCGACCAAGGAGCUCAUGUGGUUAAAUGACAAAGAGGAGGAGGAGGUCAACUAUGACUGGAGUGACCGAAAUACCAACAUGGCAGCAAAAAAAGACAACUACUCGGGUCUAAUGCGAGAGUUGGAGCAGAGGGAGAAGAAAGUCAAUGAGAUCCAGACUACAGGAGAUAAAUUGGUCAAGGAUGGGCAUCCUGGCAAGAAGACAAUAGAGGCCUUCACAAGCGCCCUCCAGACUCAGUGGAGCUGGAUCCUUCAGCUGUGUUGCUGUAUUGAGGCUCAUCUUAAAGAGAACACAGCUUACUACCAGUUCUUUGCUGACGUAAAAGAGGCUCAGGACAAGAUGAAGAAAAUGCUGGAGACUAUGAACAAGAAAUACAAUUGUGAUCGUUCCACCACAGCCACACGGCUGGAGGAUCUCCUCCAGGAUACUGUGGAAGAGAGAGAACAGUUGAAUGAAUUCAAGACACUUGUGAAUAGCCUGAACAAAAGGGCUCGCUCCAUCAUCCAGCUGAAACCACGUAACCCCACCACAUCCAUCAAAGGCAAACUUCCCAUUCAGGCUGUCUGUGACUUCAAACAACAAGAGAUUACUGUUCAUAAAGGAGACGAGUGUGCACUCCUCAACAACUCCCAGCCUUUCAAAUGGAAGGUUCUGAGUCGCUCUGGACAUGAGGCAACUGUGCCUUCCAUUUGCUUCCUGGUUCCUCCAGUAAACAAGGACGCUAUGGACAGUGUGUCCGGUCUGGAUACAGGUCACCAACAGAUGGUUUCCAUGUGGCAGACAUUAUAUAUCAACAUGAAGAGUCUGCUAUCUUGGCAGUACCUGAUUAGGGACUUUACGCAGAUUCGGUCCUGGAACAUCACCAUGUUAAAGUCAAUGAAACCGGAAGAAUAUAGACAAAUGAUGAGGAACCUGGAGCUCCACUACCAGGACUUCUUACGAGACAGUCAGGACUCUCAGCUCUUCGGCCCUGAUGACCGGCUGCAAGUCGAGGGAGACUACACCAAGUCCACCCAACAUUUUGACAGCCUGCUUCGCUCCAUGGAGAAAGGUCAACAAAAUGAGUCUCUAUGUAAGAACUACAUUUCAGAGCUCAAGGACCUGCGACUGCGAAUUGAGGACUGUGAAGCCCAGACUGUGGCGCGCAUACGCAAACCAUUGGAAAAGGAACCUUUGAAAGAAUGUGUUCAGAAAACAGUAAACCAGCAGAAAGUGCAGGCAGAGAUUGACGGCCUCAAGAAGGACCUUGAUAAGGUUUCUGUGAGGGCACAAGAAAUCUUGGAGUCUCCACAAGAGUCUACUUCGACCCCUGUGCUUCGUUCUGAGCUAGAGCUUACCGUGCAGAAGAUGGAUCACACUCACAUGCUGUCCUCCAUUUAUCUUGAGAAGCUCAAGAAUGUGGAAAUGGUCAUUCGUAACAGUCAGGGUGCUGAGGGUGUACUCAAGCAGUAUGAAGACUGGCUGCGUGAAGUCCACACUGUGCCCAGUGACGUCCAAGCCGUUGAAACAUACCGUACAAAGCUUAAGAAAAUGCGAGCUGAGGCUGAGGCUGAACAGCCAGUGUUUGAUUUUUUCGAAGAAGAACUCAUGAAAGCCGCUACUGUGAGUGACAAGAUGAGUCGUGUACACAGUGAGCGCGAUGCUGAGCUGGACCACUUCAGGCAGCUCCAGUCCAGCGUUCAGGACAGGUGGAAGGCAGUGUUCACGCAGAUUGACCUUCGCCAGAGAGAGCUGGAGCAGCUUGGACGACAGCUGGGCUACUACCGUGACAGUUACGACUGGCUAAUCACCUGGAUUGCAGAUGCCAAGCAAAGGCAAGAAAGAAUUCAGACUGUUCCUAUCACCGACAGCAAAACUCUGAAAGAGCAACUGACCCUGGAAAAGAAAUUACUGGAGGAGAUUGAGAAGAACAAAGGCAAAGUCGAUGAGUGUCAAAAAUAUGCUAAAGCAUACAUUGACACAAUCAAGGACUAUGAACUCCAGUUGGUUGCCUAUAAAGCUCAAGUAGAGCCUCUUGCUUCUCCUUUAAAGAAAACCAAACUGGACUCUGCAUCUGAUAACAUCAUUCAAGAGUAUGUAACACUAAGGACCCGUUACAGUGAACUGAUGACUCUGACCAGUCAGUACAUCAAGUUCAUCACUGAUGCGCAGGAACGCCUAGAGAAUGAGGAGAAAGCUGCAAAGAAACUCAAAGCAGAAGAACAGAAAAAAAUGGCAGAGAUGCAGGCUGAGUUAGACAAACAGAAGCAAUUGGCAGAAGCAAAUGCAAAGGCCAUUGCUAAAGCAGAAAAAGAGGCAAAAGAGUUGAAACUCAAAAUGCAGGAAGAAGUUAGCAGGAGAGAAAUUGCUGCUGUAGAUGCAGAAAAACAAAAACAAAAUGUCCAACUGGAACUUUCUGAGCUAAAAAAUCUUUCAGAACAACAGAUCAAAGACAAAACUCAACAAGUAGAUGAUGCUCUUCAAAGCAGAGUAAAGAUUGAAGAGGAAAUACGCCUCGUAAGAAUCCAACUUGAGACAACAGUAAAACAAAAGACUACAGCUGAAUCUGAGCUUAAGCAACUUCGUGACAGAGCAACUGAAGCUGAGAAACUCAGGAAGGCUGCCCAGGAUGAAGCGGAAAAGCUACGCAAACAAGUCCAUGAAGAAACCCAGAAAAAGCGUAUGGCAGAAGAGGAACUCAAAUUAAAAUUUGAGGCAGAGAAGGAAGCAGCAAGGCAAAAGCAAAAAGCACUAGAUGACCUUGAAAUGCUCAAAAUCCAGGCAGAGGAGGCAGAAAGGCAAGUGAAGCAAGCAGAAAUUGAAAAGGAAAAGCAAAUCAUGUUUGCUCAUGAGGCAGCACAGAAGAGCGCUGCUAUUGAGCUCCAGAGCAAACAUUUGUCCUUUGUGGAAAAGACCUCAAAAUUGGAAGAAUCUCUCAAACAAGAGCAUGGUGCUGUCCUUCAACUGCAACAAGAAGCUUCACGCCUCAAGAAGCAACACGAAGAUGCAGAAUUGGCGAGGGAAGAGGCCGAAAAGGAGCUUGAGAAAUGGAGACAAAAAGCUAACGAGGCUCUCCGUCUAAGGCUACAGGCUGAGGAAGAAGCUCACAAAAAGAAUCUUGCACAAGAAGAAGCUGAGAAGCAAAAGGAUGAGGCAGAGCGUGAGGCUAAAAAAAGAGCCAAAGCUGAAGAAUCAGCCCUGAAGCAGAGGGAUAUGGCUGAGAAAGAGCUUGAAAGGCAGAGGAAGAUGGCUGAGAGCACUGCACAGCAGAAGCUCACUGCAGAACACGAGCUGAUUCGUCUCAGGGCAGACUUUGACAAUGCAGAACAACAACGGUCCCUGCUCGAAGAUGAGCUUUACCGUCUAAAGAAUGAGGUAAUUGCUGCUCAACAACAAAGGAAGCAGCUUGAAGAUGAACUAGCCAAAGUCAGGAGUGAAAUGGAUGUCCUCCUUCACCUUAAGUCAAAGGCAGAAAAGGAGACCAUGUCAAACACAGAGAAGAGCAAACAGCUUCUUGAGGCAGAGGCUGCCAAAAUGAGGGACCUGGCUGAAGAGGCUGGCAAGCUAAGAGCCAUUGCAGAGGAAGCUAAGCAUCAAAGGCAAGUUGCUGAGGAAGAGGCAGCUCGUCAAAGAGUAGAAGCUGAGAGGAUUCUUAAAGAGAAGCUAGCAGCCAUCAGCGAUGCCACGCGUUUGAAAACAGAGGCUGAAAUUGCUCUAAAAGAAAAAGAAGCAGAAAAUGAAAGACUGCGUAGACAAGCUGAAGAUGAGGCUUACCAGAGGAAAGCACUAGAAGACCAAGCCAAUCAACACAAGCAAGCAAUUGAGGAAAAAAUAAUACAACUGAAAAAAUCAUCUGAAGCUGAAAUGGAUAGGCAAAAAGCAAUCGUGGAUGACACACUCAAACAGAGGCGAAUUGUUGAAGAAGAGAUCAGAAUCCUCAAGCUGAACUUCGAGAAAGCAUCAUCUGGAAAACUCGAUCUGGAACUCGAGCUCAACAAGUUGAAAAACAUUGCAGAGGAAACUCAACAAAGCAAGCUCCAAGCAGAGGAGGAAGCCGAAAAACUAAGGAAGCUUGCGCUUGAGGAGGAGAGAAAGAGAAGGGAGGCAGAAGAUAAAGUUAAGAAGAUCACUGCUGCAGAGGAAGAGGCAGGUCGACAACGCAAGGCAGCCCAAGAAGAACUUGAGCGUCUGAAAAAGAAGGCAGAAGAAGCCAGGAAGCAGAAAGAAGAGGCUGAUAAAGAAGCAGAGAAACAGGUUGUGGCAGCCCAACAAGCAGCCGUGAAAUGCAGUGCAGCGGAACAGCAAGCACAAAGUGUUCUCGCUCAACAGAAGGAGGACAGCAUCAUGCAGAAGAAGCUGAAGGAAGAGUAUGAGAAAGCCAAAAUGCUUGCCAAAGCAGCUGAGGCUGCAAAGGAGACAGCAGAAAGGGAAGCAGCACUCCUCCGUCAACAAGCGGAGGAGGCAGAGCGACAGAAGGUGGCUGCUGAGUUAGAAGCCACAAAACAAGCCAAAGCCCAGGAAGAUGCUGAGAGGCUUCGAAAGGAGGCUGAAUUUGAAGCUGCUAAACUUGCUCAGGCUGAAGCUGCAGCACUGAAGCAGAAGCAGCAAGCAGAUGCUGAAAUGGCAAAGCACAAGAAAUUGGCAGAGCAAACAUUAAAACAGAAAUUUCUAGUAGAACAAGAGCUCACAAAGGUUAAACUUCAGCUUAAUGAGACUGAUAAUCAAAAGUCUCUCCUUGAUGAAGAGCUACAGCGCUUAAAGGAUGAGGUUGAUGAUGCAGUUAAACAAAGGGCGCAGGUAGAAGAUGAACUGUUGAAGGUAAAAGUUCAGAUGGAAGAGCUGCUCAAGCUUAAAAUGAAAAUUGAGGAGGAAAAUCAGCGUCUCAUCAAGAAAGACAAAGACAACACUCAAAAGUUCCUUGCAGACGAAGCAGAAAACAUGAAAAAACUUGCUGAAGAUGCUGCACGACUUAGUGUGGAAGCCCAAGAGGCAGCUCGUUUGAGACAGAUUGCUGAAGAAGACCUGAAUCAGCAAAGAGCUCUUGCAGACAAAAUGCUCAAAGAGAAGAUGCAGGCCAUUCAGGAAGCAUCUAAAUUGAGAGCUGAAGCAGAGAUGCUCCAAAGGCAGAAGGACCUGGCUCAAGAGCAAGCACAAAAGCUGCUUGAAGAUAAACAACUCAUGCAACAGCGGCUGGAAGAGGAAACUGAGGAAUACCAGAAAUCACUUGAAGCAGAAAGAAAAAGGCAAUUGGAGAUCAUCGCAGAGGCAGAAAAACUUAAACUCCAGGUUUCUCAGCUCAGUGAAGCUCAGGCCAAAGCAGAAGAAGAAGCAAAAAAAUUCAAGAAACAAGCGGAUACAAUUGCAUCUCGUCUUCAUCAAACUGAAAUUGCCAGCAAAGAAAAGAUGUCUGUUGUUGAGAAACUGGAAGUUGAGAGAGUAAAUACCAGCAAAGAAGCCAGCGACUUACGCAAAGCUAUUGCAGAGCUUGAGAACGAGAAGGCUAGGCUGAAAAAAGAGGCUGAAGAACUUCAAAAUGUGUCGAAAGAGAUGGCUGAUGCACAGCAGAAACAAAUUGAGCAGGAGAAGUCAAUGCUCCAGCAAACAUUCCUUACAGAAAAAGAAAUGCUGUUGAAGAAGGAGAAGCUCAUCGAAGAUGAGAAAAAGAGACUAGAGAGCCAAUUCGAGGAGGAAGUCAGAAAGGCACAAGCUCUGAAAGAUGAACAGGAACGACAAAGAUUACAGAUGGAGGAAGAGAAGAAGAAAUUGCAGGCUACCAUGGAUGCGGCGCUUAAUAAACAGAAAGAAGCUGAAAAGGAGAUGCUAAACAGGCAAAAAGAAAUGCAGGAACUGGAAAAGAAGAGACUAGAGCAAGAAAGAAUUCUGGAAGAAGAGAACCAGAAACUACGGGAGAAACUACAGCAGAUGGAGACAGUAAACAAAGACACUGUUCAGACUGUCAAGGUCCCAGUCACCAUGGUUGACAAUGUUCUCAAUGGACAAAAUACAAGUGACACAGUAGACAGUGUGGGGAAGAAAGCAGAUCCCUUAGCUUUUGAUGGUAUUCGUGAAAAAGUCCAAGCAAGCAGACUUCACGAGUUAGGUCUCAUACCAAAGAAAGAUUUUGAUAAGCUUAAAAAUGGUAAAACUACAGUUGAAGAACUUGGUGAGGCUGAAAAUCUCAAAACUAUUCUCAAAGGAAAGAACAGCAUUGCUGGUAUUUUGACACCGUCUAAUAAAGUGAUGUCAAUGUACCAAGCAUCCCAGGAGAAGAAGAUUACUCCAGGCACUGCCAUGAUACUUCUUGAGGCCCAGGCAGCAACUGGUUACAUGCUAGAUCCCAUUAAAAAUAAGAAGCUUUCUGUUAAUGAGGCUGUCAAGGAAGGCUUAAUUGGCCCAGAGCUCCAUAAUAAAAUGCUUUUAGCUGAAAGGGCUGUUAUUGGUUACAAAGAUCCAUACACAGGUGGCAAAAUAUCUGUCUUUGAAUCGAUGAAAAAAGGUCUGAUAGAACAUGAUCAUGCGAUUAGAGUCCUUGAGGCUCAGAUUGCAACAGGGGGCAUCGUUGAUCCUUUAAAUAGUCAUCGUGUACCUAAUGAAGUGGCUUACAAACAGGGACUAUAUGAUCUAGAAAUGAACAAAUCUUUGGAAAAACCCUCAGAUGAUUCAAAGGGUUACUUUGAUCCCAGCACCCAGGAACCCUUGACAUAUUCUGAAUUAAUGAUGAGAUGUUCACCUGACCCUGAAACUGGCCUGCUUCUUUUACCAAUCACAGAUAAAGCUGCACAGUGCUCCAGUAUAUACACAGAGGAAGAGACCAAGGAUAUGUUCAGCAAAACAACUGUGUCUGUGCCAUUUGGAAGAUUCAAAGGAAAGACUGUCACCAUUUGGGAAAUAAUAAAUUCCGAGUACUUUACUGAAGACCAAAAGAAAGACCUUCUCCGUCAGUACAAGACGGGCAAAAUCACAAUAGAAAAAAUCAUUAGGAUUGUCAUCACUGUAGCAGAAGAGAAGGAGAAGAAAAAUGAAAUUAACUUCAAUGGUCUUCGAUUACUAGUUCCUGCCUCUGACCUACUUGAAUCGAAAAUUAUUGAUAAGGACCUGUACAACAAAUUGCAAAAGGGUAAUAAGACUGUCAAAGAGGUAUCUGAAAUGGAACCUGUUCACAAAGCUCUUAAAGGCACAAAUUGCAUUGCGGGUAUAAUUACUGAGUCAUCAAAUGAGACAAUGUCCUUCUAUAAGGCAAUGAAAAAGGACAUGCUGAGACCUGGACUUGCCUUAAACAUGCUUGAAGCCCAAGCAGGGACAGGCUAUGUGGUAGACCCUAUUGAAAAUAAGAAGUACACUGUUGAUGAAGCUGUAAAAGCAGGUGUUGUUGGUCCUGAACUGCACGAAAAGCUCCUAAGCGCAGAGAGAGCAGUCACAGGUUACAAAGACCCCUAUACCGGCAAGACAGUGUCUCUGUUUCAAGCAAUGAAAAAGGAUCUGAUUCCUAAAGAGCAAGGAAUCCGACUGCUGGAUGCGCAAAUAACCACUGGUGGUAUCAUUGAUCCUGUCAAGAGCCAUCGUGUUCCCCAUGAUGUUGCUUGCAAGCGAAAUUAUUUUGAUGAUGGAUUAAAGCGGAUGCUAUACCAAGCAAAUGAUGAAGUAAGAUGUUUCUAUGACCCCAACAUAAAAGAAAAGGCCACAUAUGCACAGCUCUUCCAGAGAUGCUUAACUGAUCAGAAUACUGGUCUCCAGCUUUUUUAUCUCACCGAUGAAGCCAUCAACGCAAAGGAAGAGCCAACCCUUACUGAAGCUCAGACAAAAGAGGCAAUGACUCAGGCAACUAUUGAACUUGAUUCUGGACCAUUCAAGGGAAGAAAAAUUACUAUUUGGGAAAUGCUCAACUCUGACUAUAUAACUGAGGCACAAAGACUUGACCUGCUCGGACAAUUUAAAUCUGGAACGCUAACAACUGAAAAGAUACUGAAGAUUAUAAUUACAUUUAUAGAAGAACAGGAGGCAAAGAAACAGGAGCAGCUAAGCUUCAAGGGUCUCAGGUCACCCAUUCCAGCAGGCUGUCUUUAUGAGUCCAAAAUAAUUGACAAAACAACAUUUGAUCUUCUUCAACAUGGAAAAACAACGCCAAAAAAGGUCAGCGAAAAUCCAAAUGUGGCAAAAUACAUUCAGGGCUCAGAUAGUGUUUCUGGCAUCUUCCUAGAGCCUACAAAAGAAAAGCUAAGCAUUUAUCAAGCUAUGAAGAAAAACGUCAUCAGACACAACACAGGUAUUUCUCUUUUGGAGGCCCAGGCUGCCACUGGGUUCAUUGUAGAUCCUGUGGAAAAACAAUUUUUGACAGUAGAUGAAGCCGUAAAAUCAGGCCUUGUAGGCCCAGAGCUACAUGAAAAGUUGCUCUCUGCUGAAAAAGCUGUCACAGGGUACAAAGAUCCAUUUACAGGCAACAAAAUAGGCCUCUUUGAAGCCAUGCAAAAAGAUCUCAUUUUGAAAGACCAAGCCAUGCCAUUCCUAGAGGCACAAAUGGUCACUGGAGGAAUAAUUGACCCUGUAAACAGCCUUCGUGUUCCAAUGGAUAUUGCCUUUGAAAAGAACAUAUUCAGUCAGGAAAUGGCUAACACUCUCUCUCAGCCAUCUGACGACAACAAGGUUUUCACAGACCCAGAAACUGAUGAAAAUGUAACGUAUAGACAGCUUAAAGACAAGUGCAAAAGAGAUCCAGACACAGGCAUCUGGAUCCUCCCACUCUCAAAGCCACAGUCUCCUACAGUUGUUGAGAAGACAUAUCUCUUCACACAGGAGCAAACACAAAGUGACCUGACCAAUACCCAAAUUGACAUUCCAGUUGAGGGUGUUGCUGAUAAAACCAUGAACCUCUGGGACAUCAUGAACUCAAAUUUGAUUCCAGAGCAGCAGAGGCAGAAGAUUAUGGAUGAAUAUCGUUCUGGAAACAUGACUAAGGAGCGAAUGAUCAUAAUUAUCAUUGAAAUCAUGGAGCAGAGAGAGAUCAUCCGAAAUGCGACUCCUCUUUCAUGUAAGACAAUGAGGAGACAAGUUACUAUUGAGGAGCUCUACAAUGCCCGCAUCAUUGACUUGGAGACGUACAACCUUCUCAAACAGGGGAAAAGAGAUAUCCGUGACAUAAUGGAGAUGACUACUGUGAAACAGUAUUUAUAUGGCACUGGCUGUGUUGCUGGGGUCCAAACUGACUCAAGCUCAAAGAUCAGUAUAUACCAAGCAAUGAACAGGGGAUUUAUUAAACCUGAAAUUGGCCUUAGCCUCUUAGAAGCACAGGCAGCGACAGGAUUUAUUGUUGAUCCAGUAAAAAAUGAGACACUUACUGUUGAUGAAGCCGUUCGGAAGGGUGUUGUCGGCCCUGAGAUCCAUGAUAAACUACUUUCUGCUGAGAGAGCUAUUACGGGAUACAAGGACCCAUACAGCGGAAAGGUCAUAUCUCUUUUCCAGGCCAUGAAAAAAGAUCUCGUUAAAGAGGAUUAUGCUCUGAAAAUGUUAGAGGCACAAUCUGCCACAGGAGGAAUUAUUGAUCCUGAAUUCCAGUUCCAUCUACCCACAGACAUCGCUAUGCAAAGAGGCUAUAUCAAUAAGGAAACCAAUGAGAGACUAACAGAUGGCAUUAAAGGAUUCAUUGACCCUGUCACUGAUGAGAAAUUGUCAUAUGCAGAGCUACUUAGGAGAUGCAAGUUAGAGGCUGGAUUGCGUCUCCUCUCUCUGGGAGACAAGAGACUGAUGUUUAAAGGUCUUAGAAAACAGAUCACAAUGGAAGAACUUCUUCUUUCGCAAAUUAUUGACCAGAAAACUGUCACUGAACUAAAUGAAGGUCUUAUUUCAGUGGAGGAGGUCAGUAGUAGGUUAUCAAAGUACCUUGAGGGAACAAGCUGCAUCGCAGGUGUAUUCAUAGAAAACACAAAGGAACGUCUUUCAAUUUACCAAGCCAUGAAGAAGAACAUGAUUCGGCCAGGUACAGCCUUUGAACUUCUGGAGGCUCAGGCUGCCACAGGGUAUGUUAUUGACCCAAUUAAAAACCUUAAGUUGACUGUCAAUGAAGCAGUGAAAAUGGGAAUUGUUGGACCAGAAUUCAAGGACAAACUUCUCUCUGCUGAGCGUGCAGUGACAGGAUAUAGGGAUCCAUAUUCUGGCAAGACAAUAUCACUCUUCCAGGCCAUGAAAAAGGGACUCAUUCUAAAAGAUCAUGGUAUCCGUCUCCUUGAGGCUCAGAUAGCCACCGGUGGAAUAAUUGACCCUGAGGAAAGUCAUCGUUUGCCAGUUGAAAUGGCCUAUGAACGUGGCUUCUUUGAUGAGGAAAUGAAUGAAAUACUGACAGAUCCAUCUGAUGACACCAAAGGCUUCUUUGAUCCCAACACUGAGGAGAACCUAACUUACCUGCAACUCAUGGAGAGAUGUAUUACUGAUCCUGACACUGGGCUGGUUCUCCUUCUCUUGAAAGAAAAGAAAAGAGAAAGAAAGACUUCAUCAAAAUCAUCGGUCCGUAAACGAAGAGUUGUUAUCAUUGACCCAGAAACAGGCAAAGAAAUGACAGUGUAUGAGGCCUACAGGAAGGGACUCAUUGAUCACCAAACAUACUUGGAGCUUGCUGAACAAGAGUGUGAAUGGGAAGAAAUCACAAUGACAUCCUCCGAUGGUACUAUCAAAUCCAUUAUUAUUGACAGGAAGUCAGGGAGACAGUAUGAUGUUGAUGACGCUCUUGCACGUGGUCUCAUUGACCACAAUGCUCUUGAAACAUAUCGAUCUGGAAACCUGUCUAUCACAGAGUUUGCCGACAUGCUUUCCGGAAACAUGGGAGGCUUCCGGUCUCGCUCAUCUUCCUUUGGUUCCACCACUUGUUCUGAUUUCUCCUCUCCAAUGAGCCCAAUACCUUCCAUAAAAGCACCUGCAGUCAUAUGGAAUGAUCCAACAGAGGAGACCGGCCCUAUAGCUGGAAUACUUGACAUAGACACAUUGGAGAAAGUAUCAAUCACUGAGGCCGUUCGUAGAAACUUGGUAGACAACAUCACUGGCCAAAGAUUAUUGGAAGCCCAAGCCUGUACUGGGGGAAUAAUUGACCCUUCAACUGGGGAGAGAUUUUCACUCACCAUUGCUGCAGAAAAAGGCCUUGUUGACAAGGUCAUGGUUGAUCGUCUUAAUCUGGCUCAAAAAGCUUUCAAUGGAUUUGAAGACCCCAGAACUAAAGAAAAGAUGUCUGCCUCCCAAGCUCUAAAGAAGGGUUGGUUGUAUUAUGAAGCUGGGCAGAGAUUCCUUGAGGUGCAAUAUCUGACAGGGGGACUUGUGGAGCCUGAUGUUGAGGGAAGAGUCUCACUGGAUGAAUCAAUCAAAAAGGGCACAAUAGAUGCCCGCACUGCCCAGAAACUAAGAGACGUCAGUUCCUAUUCGAGAUACCUAACAUGUCCAAAAACAAAACUCAAAAUCUCUUUCAGAGAUGCGAUGGAUAGAAGCAUGGUAGAAGAAGGAUCUAGCCUUAGGCUUCUGGAGGCCUCCUCACAGUCCAGCAAAGGCCUCUAUAGUCCCUACACUGUAAGUGGCUCUGGAUCUGCUUAUGGUUCACGGACGGGUUCAAGGACAGGAUCCCGAUCAGGAUCCAGGAGGGGCAGUAUCGAUGCAGGGUCUGGCUUCAGCAUCAACUACUCAUCGUCUUCCUUCACAUCUUCCUCAACUGGCUAUAGCCGUAAAUUUUGAUUGGCCAUAUCUGUCCCUUAACACCUCCAUUAUUUGACAUAUGCAACAUAAGUAACAAUGGUAUCGUAAUAUUUUAAAAAUUUAUUUCUUUCAGGAAAAAAAUUGUAAUAACAAAGACAUUAUAAUUUAUUUAUUUUGGCUGCCAUGUGGUUACAUCAAGCCUUACCUUGACUAAUCAUUUUAUUUCUUGGAAACAGUGCCUUAAGGGUCUUCCUAUAUGAAAACAAAGCAUUACUACAAAUUUAAAGAGAUAGAGAAAUAGUGUUUGUAUAUGAUAAAUUAACAACUUGGCAUAUCCAGCAUGACAUCUCUGCUUCUUUUCAAAUGGCUUCAUAGCUAAAAAUGUCAGUUGUGAAAUGUUUUCUGAACUAAUAUAUGCUGUUCGUCAAAUUUAAAUAUUUCUGCAGUAUUCCUUGCUUUAUUUCAAAUUCAAUACAAUGUGUUUAUUUUGUAUUUUUUUGAUGCUACUAAAUAAGAUGCAUAGUCAAAAUGUUUUGACAAUCUAGAUCUGUAUCGAAAGCAUACAGAGGUUCAGAUGUUUGUAUAGAGUAUAAAUGGGUUUUUGUCUUCUGUCAAUUCUCUAAUUGGAUUGUGUAACAGCAGUAUAAAACACACACUAAAAUGAGACAGCACAUGAAUGCAACACUGAGACUUUUUGUCAGAAUUAAAGAUGUGCAAAAGAAAAAUAAUGCUCUCAUAUGAGUCUUUGUGAUCGUUUGUGCUUGAUAUAAAAUGUAAUUGCUUGCAUCCUUUUUUGUUCACUUUACACACACUACAUUUUGAAUUCCUUAUAAUUACUCUUAAGUGUUCCUGACAAACCGUAUGAUGUCAGACUUUGUCCCACACCUGAUGCUGUCCUCCCUUCUGUUAAUUGUAGUGUAAGUUGUUUUGCUUUUCCAUAUUUAUAUUCUAUUCGUUUAUUAUUAGUUUGCCAAAGCCCCACUGACUGACAACUUCUCUCUCUCUCUCUCUCUCUCUCGCUCUCUCGCUUUCUCUGUGUGCGUUUUUAGUGAAGAAAAUAAGUAUUUGAACACCCUGCUGUAUUGCAAGUUCUCCCACUUAGAAAUCAUGGAGGGGUAUGAAAUUUUCAUCGUAGGUGCAUGUCCACUGUGAGAGAGAUAUUCUAAAAAGAAAAAUCCAGAAAUAACAAUGUAUGAGUUUUUUAACGAUUUAUUUUUGUGAUACAGCUGCAAAUAAGUAUUUGAACAACUGUCUAUGAGGUAGAAUUCUGACCCUCAAAGACCUGUUAGUUCACAUUUAAAAGUCCACCUCCACUCCAUGUAUUAUCCUGAAUCAGAUGCACAUGUGUGAGGUCGUUAGCUGCACAAAGACAUCUGUCCACCCCAUACAAUCACUUAGACUCAAACUUGUAACAUGGCCAUGACCAAAGAGCUGUCCAAAGACACCGGAGACAAAAUUGUACAACUCCACAUGGUUGGAAAGGGCUACCGUUGGGGCAAUCAUUAGAAAAUAGAAGAAGCUAAACAUGACGGACAAUCUCAAUCGGAGUGGAGCUCCAUGCAAGAUAUCACUUUGUCGGGUCUCAAUGAUGCUUAGAAAGGUGAGAAAUCAGCCCAGGACUACAUGAGAGGACUUGGUCUAUGACCUGAAAAGAGAUGGGACCACCAUUUCCAAGGUGACUGUUGGUAAUACACUAAAACGUCAUGGUUUGAAAUCAUGCAUGGCACGGAAGGUUCCCUGCUUAAACCAGCACAUCAAGCCCCGUCUUAAGUUUGCCAAUGACCAUUUGGAUGAUGCAGAGGAGGCAUGGGGGAAGGUUUUAUGGUAAGAUGAGACCAAAAUAGAACUUUUGGUCAUAAUUCCACUAACCGUGUUUGGAGGAAGACGAAUGAUGGGUUCCAUCCCAAGAGCACCAUCCCUACUGUGAAGCAUAGGGCUGGUAGCAUUAUGCUUUGGGGGUGUUUUUCUGCACAUGGGACAGGACUGUAUUAAGGAGAGAAUUACCGUGGCCAUGUAGUGUGAGAUUUUGGGGAACAACCUCUUUCCCUCUGUGAGAGCAUUGAAGAUGGAUCGUGCCUGGUUCUUUCAACAUGACAAUGACCUGAAGCACACAUCCAGGAAAGCCUAGGUGUUACUCUGUAAGAAGCAUAUCAAGGCUCUGGUGUGGCCUAACCUGUCUCCAGAAAAUGCCUUCUGCAGUGUGUGCAAACCUGGUGAAAACAACUACAGGAAACGUUUGACCUCUGUAAUUGCAAACAAAGGCUACUGUACCAAAUAUUAACAUUGGUUUUCUCAUGUGUUCAAUACUUAUUUGCAGCUGUACCACGCAAAUAAAUCAUUAAAAAAAAUCAUACAUUGUUAUUUCUGGAUUUUUCUUUUUAGAUUAUCGCU